UAUAUUUUUGACACACAAUUUUCUUUAGAAAAAGAAAAGGGAAACAAUAAACGAAAUUCCUCUCAUCAUUGAGAACCCUUAUUUAACAAAGAUUUCAAUUUCUUUUUGCCCUCACAAGAAUGAGUGUAGUGUUUUUAGAUGGCCCAACAGUGCAAGAUUUCGUGAACGAUUCAAGAGCAUUUAGCCAAUGUGUGGAUGAACAUUUCAACAAGCUAGAUGCAGACGGAGAUGGGGUGCUUUCAAGAACGGAAUUACAAAUCAGAUCCCACGGAUCCAUGAUUUCUUCAAGGGAAUACGAAUUGCAAUCGGAAGAAGAGAUCGGAAAAUUGUACGACGUGUUAUUCGAGAAAUUCGAUACGGAUCAAAAUGGCGCAAUCGAUCGUGAAGAAUUUAAGAGUUUGAUGAAAGAGAUCAUGAUCGCUAAGGCUCGCGGGAUAGGUAAUUCCCCGGUUUCGAUCAUUCUUCAAGAUGAUAGUUUGCUUAUGAAAGCUGUUGAACACAAAAGAUCUCUUGCUUAGAUAAAUUUUAGAUUUGAGUAUUUUCAUUGUUUACUACUAUUAAUUUAGAAAGAGUACGUAGGAUUAAUAAAUUCUUUUUUGUUUUUCUCUUCUUUGGUGUUAAUGAAAUCAACUGGA